AUGAAGAGAGACUUCAUUGUAGGAAAAAAGGACGCAGAGGCAAGAUGGUACUCCUCCAGCCUCACUGUGCCCAAUGGAGGCAACUGGGGUAAUUGGGGAAACGUAGAAUUUUGCCCUACUGGCUAUGCCAAAGGAUUUUCCCUGAAGGUUGAGCCCUAUCAAGGCUCCGGGGAUGAUACAGCUCUGAACGGCAUCCUUCUGUACUGUAGUGAUGGUACAACCAUUACAUCUUCAGUGGGACCGUGGGGUCAAUGGACUGUGAUGCAGUGGCAUCCCAGGUUGUACCUGACUGCCUUCUCACUGAAUGUAGAGUCACCGCAAGGAGAUGGUGAUGACACAGCAGCCAACAACAUCAAGUUCAGAUUGUCAGAUGGGAGAGUGCAAGAGGGCAAUCUAGAUUCUGUCUGGGGCACUUUUGGCUCCUGGAGUGAUCGCUGCUACUCUGGGGCCAUCUGUGGGCUCCAGACCAAGGUGGAACCACAGCAGGGUCAGGGGGAUGACACGGCACUCAAUGAUGUGAGGUUCUUUUGCUGCAGAUGGCUUCAUCUUCUGGUCAUCUCUUAUCUUUCAGAGGUUCUGUAA